AACUAGAUUUGCCAAACGAUUGUGUACAAAACACAAAAUGGUUUUGAACUUUAAAUUGAUUUUUAACAGUGAAAGUUAGUGUUUUUUGGUAUGGUGCACUAGUUUUUUGUCCAGCUGAGCAAUGGGGUGGGCAACGUGUGUAUGGCUGCUGGCAGUCCUCCAGCUGAGCUGUGCUGGCUACCUGCUGCCCGGUGACGUCACGCCUGCACACUACGACGUGCGCCUCAUCUACGACAUCGACCCACACACCAACUUCAGCUUCUUCGGUGUUGUUGAUAUCCUGUUGACAGCAAAUAAAAACACACCGAAAAUCAUUCUCCACGCGCAAGAUUUCGAAAUAACCGGAGAUAAAGUCACUGUCACCAGCGACAGCGGCCCCGUCACCGUCACUGAAGUGAAACUGAACGAUACCUACAACUUCCUCACCAUCUCAUUGGAGAAGGAGUUGGAGAAGAAUGCUAACUAUACGCUCACAAUACCCUUCUUUGGUAACCUGGUCAAGGGGCUGGAUGGCGCUUACAUCAGUUCUUUUAUUAAUAAAAAGAACCAGCAGACUGAGUACUUGGUGACGACUCAGUUCGAGGCCAUAUCAGCCCGCAAGGCCUUCCCGUGCUUCGACGAGCCGCUGUAUAAGGCGACCUUUUCACUGAAUGUAGCUCACAAUAAAGAAUACACCGCCAUAUCCAACAUGCCACUGGCUACCUCUUCCAAUGAAAAUUCACUGGAACAACACUGGCCUUGGGAAACUAUUGCAAAGGCGUUCAAAAAAGAAAAAUCUGCCUUUGUCUGGGACCAAUUCAAACAGUCGGUGCCAAUGUCAACAUACCUGGUGGCGUAUGUCGUGUCGAAGUUCUCUUACGUGGAGAGUCCCCAGGAACUCUCUCACACCAAGUUCAAGAUCUGGGCCCGGAGUGAUGCUGUCAAUCAGACAGCCUACGCAGCGCAGGUCGGCCCAAAAGUUCUCUCCUAUUUCGAGAAAUGGUUCAACGUGUCCUUCCCACUGCCCAAGCAGGACAUGAUAGCCAUCCCGGACUUCGCGGCCGGCGCCAUGGAGAACUGGGGGCUCAUCACCUACAGGGAAACUGCCUUGCUGUACGACAACAAAGAGUCUUCCUUCUUGAACAAGGAGAGGAUUGCUGAGGUGGUAGCCCACGAGCUGGCCCACCAGUGGUUCGGCAACCUGGUGACCAUGAAAUGGUGGUCGGACCUGUGGCUGAACGAGGGUUUCGCGACCUUCGUGGCGUCCGUGGGCGUCGACGCCGUGGAGCCGAGCUGGCGCGCCAGACUCAACUAUGCCAUCGAGAACACACUCUCUAUACUGUCUUUGGACGCUUUGGAGUCCUCGCAUCCUGUGUCAGUACCACUGGAUGACCCCAAGCGCAUCUCGGAGAUCUUCGACACGAUCUCGUACCGCAAGGGCGCCACCGUCAUCAGGAUGAUGCUCAUGUUCCUCGGGGAGGAUGUCUUCAGGAAAGCUCUGCACAACUAUCUCACCAAAUACUCUUACUCAAAUGCCGAGCAAGACGACCUUUGGGCUGAGUUGACUGAGGUCAACAAACAGCAUGGAGGUCUGAGCAGAAACGUCACCGUCAAAGAGGUGAUGGACACGUGGACCAAACAGACUGGGUACCCUCUACUCACCGUCACUAGGGACUACUCUGACAAGAGCGUUACUAUUACACAGAAACGCUACCUCUCUCUGGGCACUACCCGCUCUACCUCGUCCUGGUGGGUGCCCCUCAGCGUGCUCUGUGAGAAGGAGGUAGGAGAGCCGAAGCAGCAGGUCCAGUGGUUGGCCGAUAAUGAAGGUGUGACGCAACAGCAUAAGUUCGAACAUGGCUCCGGCCCUAAUGAAUGGGUUCUGUUCAACUACGAUAUGAUUGCUCCCUACAGAGUGAACUACGACGAACAAAACUGGAAGCUACUUGUGUCGACGCUGACAAGUGACAAGUUCACCAACACACCAGUGGAGGGUCGAGUACAGUUGCUGUCCGAUGCCUUUGCACUCGCGUGGAACAACCGACUGGAUUAUGGAACUACUUUGAAGUUAGCUAGUUAUCUACAACGCGAAACUGAAUACCUACCCCUCUUCACAGGGCUGAGUGCUCUAAGUAAGAUUGAAAACGUCAUUAAAAGGAGCGCUGACUAUGGCGCCUAUCAGAAAUUCAUGAGAAGACUCAUCACAAAGGCUUACGAACGUGCCGGGGGACUGUCUCAGAAGAGAAUCAUUAAUGGAGAAGAUUUGGAUAGCGUUAAAAUGCAGACCACAACAAGUGCAUGGGCUUGCAGCAUGAAGGUGGCUGAUUGUGAAGAGAACGCUAUGGAAAUGUACAAGCGAUGGAUGGAAACUGAGAAUCCGGACGAAAACAACCCGAUCCCAGUAGACCUCCGUCGCACAGUGUAUUGCGUAGCCCUGCGCCGGGGCUCCGUGCGCGAGUGGCGCUUCGCCCUCGCUAGACGCCGCAACUCCAACGUAGCCGCAGCAAGAGAUCACUUGCUCUUCGCACUCGCCUGCUCUAGAGAUGUGUGGAUUCUGUCACAAUACCUCGACUGGUCAGUGACCGAGGGUUCAGAGAUCCGUCGUCAAGACUCCGCAAGCGUCAUCGCGGCUGUCACGCGGUCUACCAUCGGUUACUACAUCGCUAAAGACUUCAUUUACAAUAGGAUUGAAGAAAUUUAUGACGCUUUCAAGGGUCAAGACAGACGCAUUGGUGGCAUAAUCAAAACAUUGCUCAAACAAUUCACUACACAGAAAGAACUAGAUGAGUUUUUGGCAUGGCAAGAGAAGAACACGAAAUACCUAUCUGGCUCCAAGAUAGCUGUAUCUCAAGGAAUAGAGAAUGCCCGCGUCAACAUCGACUGGGUCAACAAGAAUCAGAAGCUAGUUGUAGACAAACUCAGGGAAUUCUCCGUUUCGCACCACCUGGAACAGCCAUCGUGGGCCUCUUGGAGAAAAAAGCCAUUGUUUAUGUCUUCUCUGUACGCUAUCCAUAAUAUAUCUAGCUCGAAUUUGAAAAAUCUAUAUGCGUAAACUUAUUGUAUAGAAAAAAACGUAAUACUUAAUAUUAAGUAAGUUUAAAUAACUAGUAUAUUUUGUGGGUGCACAAGUGACAAAAUUUUAGAUUUCCUUAGAAAGUACUUACUAGGAAACAAUAAUUAAUGCCGUCCACCUUUUUUAAUGUUUAUACAAAAAUAUCAAUAAUUGACUAUUAUUUUAAUGAAUGUUGUUGUUGUUUUAUAUUUUUUUUGUAAGUUUGCCCAGUAUUUUGACGCAACUGUUAGUCGCAAUAAAUAUUUAUUUUGAAA